AUGGCAAGCGUGGCCAGGGCCAUGCGAGGACUGAUACCCCGACGACAGUGCGCCCAGGCGGCCCGGGGGCUCGCCUCGCGCGAGCGAAGGAUGACGGGCGGCGGCGGCGUCGGGGCCAAGGGCCGCGUCGCGGGCGGAGAGGCGCUCGGGUCGACGGCGGCGGGGGCGCCGCGGAAACCAAAGGUGUUUAGUUUCAGCGUGCCCGGGGCGCCGGGGCAGGAGGAGGCGCUGAGCGAGGCGCAGAGGAGGGAGGUGGACGAGCAUAACCGGGAGUUUGAGAGGACGCAUGGCGGCGAGGGGGAGCGGCCCGAGAGAAAGGUGGAUGAGAGAUUCUGGAACGGCAAAGGGACGGAGAAGAAGAAGGGCGAGCAAGGAAAGGAGUGA